CAUCCGGGUUUCCCUGUUUGCAGCCCAUUCCCCAUUUAGAAGCCAUUUUGGACACAGAUCAGUAACAUGCAUGUAAACCCCGACCGACCUCCCGAUGCAGCGGUGCUACUAUUCAAGUGAAUAACCUCAAAAAGAGCGCUGAGCUUUCGUCUUGGGUGGUUUAACGGCUUCCCAUUCGGCUUUUGGAUCCACUUCCAAUGCGAAAUACUGCACAUGUUAAUGGACUAACAGUCUGGCAGUCAGUUAAUCGCUCCUAUCUUUUCUUGCAACAUUGUUGCAGCGUCGCGGCUAUUGACACGCGUUGUGGUGGUGGUUAGGCUGCUGGAGGGACCGGAGGCCUGUGGUCGUUUUGAUCCUGGACUGAUGUUUUGGACAACCUGAGUUUUAAUGUUCGCGUCGGGAAGCUGGGGAAAUCUCUGUCCUGUAUUUAAAACGGAACAUGUCUUUUUCAUGGCUGACUUGUUCACUUCUUCUGGGAACUUUAUGCGCAGGGUACAGUCUGGGCGAAGCAGAGACCCGGGAGUGCGUGUACUACAAUGAUAACUGGCGUACGGAGAGGACCAACCAGAGCGGCUUUGAGCGCUGCGAGGGGGAGAAGGACAAGCGACUGCACUGUUAUGCCUCCUGGCUCAACUCCUCAGGGACCAUCAAGCUGGUGAAGAAAGGCUGCUGGCUGGACGACUUCAACUGCUACGACAGGCAAGAGUGUGUCUCCAUGGAGGAAAACCCUCAGGUCUUCUUCUGCUGCUGCGAGGGCAACUACUGCAAUGAACGAUUCACCCACCUUCCUGACAUGAUUGGCAGUGGCAACCGAGUAAAAAUCCGGCCUCCACCCCGAGUGCCGUCCCUGCUCAACGUGCUUGUGUACUCCCUGCUGCCUCUCUGUGUGCUGUCCCUGGCCCUCGUUCUGGCCUUGUGGAUGUACCGCCACCGCAAACCUCCCUACGGCCAUGUAGACCUGAGCGAGGAUCCUGGACCGGCUCCUCCAUCCCCCUUGGUGGGUCUGAAACCACUGCAGCUGCUGGAAAUCAAAGCUAGGGGGCGCUUUGGUUGUGUUUGGAAAGCCCAGUUGAUGAGCGAAUAUGUUGCUGUAAAGGUCUUCCCUGUUCAGGACAAGCAGUCAUGGCAAAACGAGCGGGACAUAUUCCUGACUCCAGGGAUGCGGCAUGAAAACCUCUUACGUUACAUCGCUGCAGAGAAGCACGGCACCAACCUGGAGACGGAGCUGUGGCUUAUCACAGAGUUUCAUGAGAGGGGCUCAUUGACAGACCACCUGAAAGGUAACACUGUGACCUGGAGUGAGCUGUGUCACAUAGCAGAGACCAUGUCCCGCGGCUUGGCUUACCUCCAUGAGGACAUUCCCAGCUACAAGGGAGAUGGGCCCAAACCCACCAUUGCACACAGGGACUUCAAGAGUAAGAAUGUGAUGGUACGAGAUGAUCUGACUGCAAUCAUUGGAGACUUUGGGCUCGCUGUACGAUUUGAACCAGGAAAACCUCCAGGUGACACGCAUGGCCAGGUGGGUACGAGGCGAUACAUGGCUCCGGAGGUGCUGGAGGGAGCCAUCAACUUCCAGCGAGACUCCUUCCUGAGAAUAGACAUGUAUGCUAUGGGCUUGGUGCUGUGGGAGCUGGUGUCCCGCUGCACGGAGACAGACGGUACAGUUGGCGAGUACAUGCUGCCAUUUGAGGAUGAAAUAGGCCAACAUCCCUCCCUGGAGGAUCUGCAGGAUGUGGUCGUGCACAAGAAGAUGCGUCCAGCCAUCAAGGACUGCUGGCUCAAACAUCCUGGUCUGAGCCAGAUGUGCGAGACCAUCGAAGAAUGCUGGGACCAUGACGCAGAGGCGCGAUUGUCCGCCGGUUGCGUCGAGGAGCGCAUCGGCCAGAUCGCCAGAACGAUUAGCAGCACUACCUCAGACAUCCCCGUCUGCAUUGUGACGUCUCUCACCAACGAGGACCUACCUCCCAAAGAGUCCAGCACCUGAACGGGUGACCCCCAUCCUCCACCUGAGCUCCUGACUUUUUACUUUUUGAAUCCAAACUCAGCGGAUCUCCGUGAAUAUUUAAAAUCACAAAAACAACAACUAGCAACUUAAAUGCAGCUGCUAUUUUAUCCCAAUACUGGUAUUUUCGUUCCGUUUGUUUUUGGUGUUUGAAGUCGGAUCUUACUAACACAUCCAUCUGCUGUAGUUUUCGAAGUAGUAAUAAGUUAUGCGAUGGGCACAUCUGAUAAUACCCAUGUGUCAAAUCUUAAAUGUCGUCAUUACCUCAUUUUGUUAGUCUAUUUUUAUUACCUCAUCAGUUGUCGUUUUUCCUGUCUUGGUCAUGAUUGUCUGUGGCCAAAUGAAAUGAACUUUUGCUCCAAACCUCGGACAACGUGCUGCACACCUCGGAGGAACCGUUUUGAGACUGUUAGACAAAAUAUAUUCAUCUUCCUCAGGGGUCGAAGCUUCUCGAUUUUUAAACUCGAGUGUGCUCCCUUAUUUUAAACCUGUGAAUGCCUCAGAAUGAAAAAAAAAAAAAAAAA